AUGGGUAAUUGUGGGAGUUCUCUCGACUGUAACAAGUGCUAUUCCAGCGAACCAUUUCCUGGCUGCGAGAACGUGAUCGAAAUUGACCCCGACGUCGCAGGCAUCGGAGUGCUUGUCUCGUUCCUCUGCAGCGCGUUUGCGCUCUCUGCUGUCAUUGUUUGGGGCUACUUCAACGAAUGCCUGCCGAUUGACUUGUUAUCUCGCACCGACCACUACGCGUUGCAGUCACUCAAGAAAGGCUUUCGCCCCCUCCUCGAAACUGAUCUCCCGUUUGAACCUACAUUAAAGCAGAAAGACAGAACUCAGAUCAUCCUUAGCUUUGUUACAGUCUUAAGCGACCAGCAACUAGUGACAGGUGUUGCGAUUCUGAUCGCGGGGCUUGCUAGCCGAUGUCGCAUCUCGUUAUACGAGUUCAACAUCGUCACGUAUCUAGCAUACUUUGCUAUUUCCACACAUACGCUUUCGCUAGGUGUGUUGCAAAGUCAUCUAUUUCUUCGCAAACUUGUUAGAAACUGCCGAGUUGUCUUCGCUAUCGGAUUCUCGGUCAUCUUUGUCUUCUCCUUCAUUAUAAACACGGCCUCAAGCCACGAGGAGACAACACUGUACCUGGGUAAUGAGCUUCAGUGUCUCUUCGAAGCGUCGCGGUUUGGUAAGUCUAUUCAAUUCGAUAUAGCAGACUCAACCUUGAUUGUCGGGUUUAUACUUAUCAAUCACACUAUGGCUAUCACGAGGUUGUUCUUUGAUCCCGAGAUAGACCCAACUGCUAUGGCGAUCGACUUCGUCUACACAUACAGUCUCCAUCGUUUCAAAGGGUUUCCAAGAGAGGACGCAAGCACAAUCGUCAGAAAAGCAGCAAGGAAAUACGACGCCUGGCUUCGGCCUCCCUUGGCAAAUACGAAGCAAACGAGAAUCUCUGUAUGGUUCUUCUUCAGCAGCUACUACAACUCAUACCUAGCAAGCUUUCCACCGAUGGCACUGGAAAUGGCAUACGGUACAACUAGUGUCAUUCUUGCUAUCUGGGGCGCAGGAUUGAAGUCAGCAAAUGGUCUUCAGGUUUUGGGUUUCGGGCAAAUUGUAGCCAUAGUGCUGCUGUCACUAACCUUUCUGGCCGCAGUAGGAGUUAUAAAUGGUAAGCCAAUUUGGUGUCAAAACCAACAACUAUGUACUGACCUGGACCCAUAG